GGCUUCGUAAUUACGCGAAUUUGCAACAUGAACGGGAUUCUUUCGGUAGUUGCUCUCUUUACGUUGGCAAACGGGCUCAGUGACGAAUUCCGUUUAACAUUCUCGGGGAAAGUGCAAGAGAUUGUUUUAAGUUGUCUCGAGGAAAUGGAUAAUCAGAACAGUGGUGAAGCUGAAACUGCAAGCGCGAUGGCAGUGAAGUGUCUGCAGGCCUGCUUACUGACAAACUUGGGAAUGAUGCAAGACGGGAGAUUUUCUAGGGAUGGCACCUUAGUUUUGCUGGAUGAAAUGAGAAGUAACGAUUUGGAUCUAUACACUAAGCUUUCGGCUGGUGUGGACGAAGUCAACGAUGAGAUGCAGAACAUUAAGCAAAACAAUGAAUGUGAAUAUGCCCAACGCCUUGCACAUACUAUACAGAGGGUUGCAUGGGAGCAUAAUAUCCAUCUUGAGGAUUUCAUGUAAUUUGAGGGACUGCCUUGCCGGAGUUUAUCAACAGUGUCGUAUUAAUUUUGGUGCAAAAUAUGUACUCAAUUCAAAGAAUAAAUUACAUCUAGAAUAUUUGCUCAAUUUAAA